AUGGCUGGCUGGGGGUCGAACGGCUUGCCGUCGGUUUUGCACCGAAGUGCCCCUGCGACUGCUGCGCACCCCUUAAAUGGGGAUGUGCUCAAGGCCUUUGACAAGUACAACACCGGGCUUCAGGAAGCUGCUGCUGCGGCCUGUGGCUUGUCUGAGCUGUGUGAAUGCAAAUGCGGUUUGAUUAAGUUCGUGCUACGCUGCUACGUGCCACCCAAAGGCAAUGCUAGUGGUGCCGGUCGUGGGAAGGCGCCGAAGAAACGUGCUGGUGCGAAAUCUGUGGCUUCUGCUACGACGACAAAAACCAGGGCAAGCUUGCUCAACGAAGUCUUCAAGACGGAUGAGGAUAAGCAUCAGAGAUGGGGCCAAGAGCUCAAAAAGGAGAUCAAUGGCCUCUCCAACCUGAUGCUCGAUUUGGGCGAUUCGACCAAGGAGACCGAGAUGAAAUCAACUCUGGUUCCAUGA